GAGGAGGAGGAGGAGGAGGAGGAGGAAGGCUCUGGGGUGUGCGUGACCCCGGCCCUGCUGAAGGCCUGCACGGGCGAGUUCUCCCUCGAGUCCAUCCUGCUGCUGCGGCUGCGGGGCCGCGGCAUCGCCCACCUGGGCUGCCUGGCCGACUGCUCCAACCUGGAGUGGCUGGACCUGUCCGGGAACGCCAUCGCGGCGCUGGCCCCGCUGGCCGCGCUGCGCGCCCUGGCCGUGCUCAACCUGGCGGGCAACCGCGUGGCCAGCGUGGAGCCGCUGCGGGGCUGCCGCAGCCUGCGCCAGCUCAACCUGGCCGGCAACCGGCUGCGCAGCCUGCGCCAGCUGCGCUGCCUGCAGGGCCUGCGGCACCUCGAGAGCCUGCGCCUGCGGGACCCGCUGGCCCGCCUGGGCAACCCGCUCUGCGCCGCGCCCGCCUACCGCGCCGCGCUGGCCGCCAUGCUGCCCGGCCUCAAGGCCAUCGACGGGCAGCGCGUGGCCGGGCGCGGCAGCGAGCUCUUCCGCCUGUGCCGCGAGCUGGACGCCGCGCUGGACGGCGGGGCCGCGGCCGAGGGGCCAGCGGAGCCCCCCCGGGGCCCCCAGCCCUGGGUGCAGGCCGGGUUCUGGGAGCCGCGGGCGCCGCGCCGCAGCCCCGUGCUGGAGGAGGCCACGCGGCAGCUCGGGGAGGCCCUGCGGGAGUGCCGCGAGCUCGGCCGGCGCGCCGACGACUCCAUCGCACAGGCACAGCGGGCGCUCGGCCGCCGGCACGCCGGCAACUACGGCUUCUGAGCCACGGCGGGCCCGGGGGGCACAGCGGGGCUGGGGGGCUCCAAAUGGAGCGGGGGGACGCCAAAGGGGGCCGAGGGGGGCUCCAAACGGGGCUGGGGGGCACCCAGAGACACCACAGCCAACACUGGGACUGGGGAACCACCAGAGACACCGGAGCCAGGAGCCCUCGAGUUCUGAGCUGGGGGACUCCAUAUAGGGUUGGAGGCUUCCAAAUGGGGCUGGGGGGAGUCCCAAAACGGGGCUGGGAGGGCACCAGAUGGGGCCAGGGGGCACCCAGAGACAACACAGCCAACACUGGGACUCAGACCAUCACAGGUGCCACAGCCAGGAGCCCUCAAGUUCUGAGCUGGGGGGGCCUGAAACAGGGCUGAGGGGCUCCCAGAAUGGGGGGUCAGGGGGCACCAAAUGGGGCUGCGGGGUCCAAAUGGGGCUGGGGGGUCUAAAAAGGGCCAGAGGAGCUCCAAAUGGGGCUGGCGGGCACCCAGAGAUGCCACAACCAGCACUGAGCCCAUGAGACCAACCAGAGCCACCACAGCCCAGACGCUUCGAGCUUUGAGCUGAGGGACUCCCAAAAUGGGGCUGGGGGGGAUCCAAAUGGGGCUGGGGGACUUUAAAUGGAGUUGAGGGGGCUCCAAAUGGGGCUAGGGGACACCCAGAGACAGCACAGCCCAGAGCCCUUGAGUUCUGAGCUGAGGGGCCUGAAACGGGGCUGAGGAGGUCCCAAAAUGGGGCUGAGGGGCUCCAAAUGGGGAUAGGGGGGCACCCAGAGCUACCAUAGCCAAUACGGGGACCACGAGACCACCCAGAGUCACCACAGACCACUCUGGGUCAUGAGACCCCAGAGCCUUCAGCUUUGGACUGGGGGACCCCCAAAGCCACCACAGCCCACACCAGGAAACCACCCAGAGCACCACAGCCUGGCACCUCGGGGUUCUGAGCUGGGGGGUCCCAAACAGGGCUGGGGGGGCGUCCAGAACCACCACGGACCACACCAGGACCAGGAGACCACUCAGAGCCACUGCAGCCAACACUGGGACGGGGAGACCACCCAGAGCCACCACCAGUCUGGUACCUUUGGAUUCUGAGCUGGGGGGCCCCAAAAACGAGACUGGAAGACUCCCAGAGCCACCACAGCCCACACCAGGACCGUGAGACCACCUAGAGCCACCACAGCCUGGCACCUUCAGCUUCUGAGCCGUGGGAUCCCAAAACCGGGGCUGGGAGACCCCCAGAGCCACCACAGCCUGGCACAGGGUCACCGGGGGACACAGAGGAGCUGCAGGGAGCCUGGCCUUGGCUGCGGGACAUCGUGGGGACCGGGGGAUGUUGGGGGGACAUCCCUGGACAGGGGACAUGGUGUCACUGCAGUAAACACGUCCCACCC